AAUGGAAGAAGGGCAAUCUCAACGGGAGGCGCAUUAUUGCUAUCGGUCACCCGCUGUCGGACAAUCCAGAAGGGGUUACGCGAUCAGUCGUGCAUUAGCCAAAGCCAUGAGAACAUCACGCUCUAAGUUUGUUCUGCUGCUCGGUGGAAGUAUCCUACUACUGGCACUGCAAGUUUUAGGCGGAGUGCUGGACAAUCGGGUCGAUCAGUACGCGUUGAGUGUGAAUAGCAAUGAUGGAGGAUCGUGUAAUUUGCCGGACAGUUUGAUACAGGAGAUCAAAGGUUAUCAACCGAUUGUGAACAAGAUCAUUAGCAGGAUCGUGAGUGGGGAGUUUGCCGGGCAGACAUGGCAGAGUUUGGCUGAUCUGGUGGACACUUUUGGAGCUCGACCUGCUGGGUCGGAUCAGCUGGAGAAGGCGAUCGAUUAUGUGCUGGAGCAUAUGAAGCAGGAUGGUUUGGAGAAUGUGCACACGGAGAAUGCCACGGUGCCACACUGGGUGCGAGGGUAUGAAAGUGCGCAGUUGGUGGAGCCGUUCAAGAAGAAUUUGCCCCUGCUAGGACUGGGAGGAACGGUAGGCACACCGAGGGGUGGGAUCAUUGCCGAUGUGAUCGCUGUGGAGUCAUUCAAAGAGUUUGAGCAGCUCACACCCGAUCAAGUGAAAGGGAAGAUCGUGGUCUUUGUUCCACAGUGGGAGGGCUACGGAAAAACGGUGGUCUACCGAAGCAGAGGAGCAUCGGUGGCAUCCAAGAAGGGAGCGGUGGCCAGCUUGAUCCGAUCGGUUACACCCUUCUCGAUUGGUUCGCCACAUACAGGCUGGCAGAACUACGAAGAUGGUGUGAAGAAAAUUCCAACGGCUUGCAUCACUGUGGAAGACGCGGAAAUGAUUUUGAGGAAGUAUCGACGGGGUGACAAAAUGACAGUACAUUUGGAAAUGGAGGAUCGCAACUUCGAUCCAUUUGUGUCGCGCAACACGAUCGCCGAGCUGCAGGGUACAACAUAUACGGACACAUCCGUGGUGGUCGUGUCGGGUCAUCUGGACAGCUGGGAUGUGGGUGUAGGUGCCAUGGACGAUGGUGGUGGUGCACUGAUUUCGUGGAAAGCUCUGACUUAUCUGAAAGCGCUGGGAUUGAGAGCGAAGCGAACGAUUCGGGCUAUUCUAUGGACCGGCGAGGAAGAAGGUCUGUGGGGUGGCAAAGCCUACAAGGAAAGUCAUCAGGAAAACGAACAGAAAGAGUUCAAUUUCUUCUUUGAAUCUGACAUUGGAACAUUCGAGCCGAGGGGUUUAGAUUUCACCGGGAAUAAAGACGCCGAAUGUAUAUUCCGAGAAGUUGUCAAGCUAAUGUCGUUGGCGAAUGCUACUGAGUUCGGAACGCCUGCCGAUGGGGGUCCUGAUAUAACGCACUGGACGAGCCGUGGUUUUCCGGGAGCAUCGCUGCUAAAUAAAAAUGAAAAGUAUUUCUGGUUCCACCAUUCGGCCGGGGACAGUAUGGCCGUUCAGGAUCCAAAAAGCAUGGAUAAAUGUGCAGCUAUCUGGGCAGCUGCAGCGUACGUGGUUGCCGAUCUAAGUGUGUCUAUGCCGAAAGAUAUUGUUGGUUAAA